GAUCUAACAAACAACCCCCACUAUUCAUUCACAAUCAGACAAUUAGCUUACAGCCUUGCUUAGUUUAUCUUCAACCCCACCAUUAGAUAGACAAUCAAUCAUCUAUUUAGUCAUUCAUCAUUCAUCAUUCAUCAUUCACCUCACUCAAUAAUAUAUCCUCAUCCCCGAUAAACUUCACCAGUCUCUACUUCCUACUCCUUCCAAACCCAACCCUCACCCAAGUAAAAAUGUCAACCAAAGAACCCCGCCCCCAAAUAAUCGGUCCAGAAAGCGGUCCCGAACCACCCUAUCCUCUUCGCAUGCAAGGCGAAGUAGUAUCAGGAUUUGGACGGGGCUCAAAAGAAGUAUACUCUCCCUUCUUCUUCCCCUCAUAAACCCCCCAUCUGAUCUACACAACUAACCAAACCCGCAGCUCGGUAUCCCCACAGCCAACCUCCCCGUAACAAACGUCCCGUGGAUCGACACCGCCCCCUCAGGCGUGUACUUCGGCUACGCAGCCCUCGAUCUCCCCACCACGCACCCCGAUCUCAAAACCUCUCCAUCCCCCUCCUCCUCCUCCUCCCCAACAACCCGCCUCUACCCCAUGGUAAUGUCCAUCGGCUACAACCCCUUCUACCGUAACAGCGUACGCUCAGCCGAAGUCCACCUCCUCCACACCUUCACGCAGGAUUUCUACGGUUCGCAAAUGCGCGUUAAGAUACUGGGGUAUAUUAGGCCGGAAUUAGAUUAUGUGGAUCGGGAGAGUUUGGUGAGGGAUAUUGAGACGGAUAUUGAGGUUGCGAGGACGAGUUUGGGGAGGGAGGCGUGGGGAGUUGAGAAGGAGGGAGUGGAUGGGUGGUUGUUGGGGUUGGAGGGGGAUGGGAAGGAGAAUUAGGGGGUUUUCGGAUAGCGACAGAUAGGGAGAGGGAAGAGGAGGAUAGGGGAAGAUAGAUGGAUGGGCGGAUAGAAUGAUAGAGUGAUAGUGAUUCAUGGUGAUGAAACAGCAGAGGCGUUUGGGAGGAAAUAGAUGGUAGAAUAAUCAUUAGAUGGAUACAUUUAAAAAGCACGCCAAAUAUAUGCAGACAAAUUCGCAAUACAAAAUUCGAAAG